AUGACUGACGUUCAACUAGAAACCCUUUCAGAGUUUACGACGUGCGAUAUAUCUGAUGGUCUCCAAAACUUGUACGGUAUCAAAGAUGGUGGCUAUUUUCCAAACUUGUGUCAGAGAUCAGGUGAAAGAAAGUCUGGUUCAACUGUUGGAAAAGCUUACACUGUUUUAUUUGCACAUGCUUCCGAUGAAAGACCAGCCAUCAAUUAUAUCGAUGAAAUUCCUUCAAAUUCUGUAUUGGUGAUGGCCUAUACACCAGAGCUACAAACUUCAGUUGCGCCAUACACAUAUGUUAAUAAUGCAAUUUUUGGAGGAUUAAUGGCUGCCAGAGCUCAAAAACAAGGUGUUAAUGGUACUGUUGUUUUUGGUAGAGUCCGUGAUGUUGGGGAAUUUACAGAUUUGGAAUAUCCUGUGUUCAGUUAUGGUUUGAGUGCAGUUGCAUCUAAAGGUGUUGUUAAACCUGUUGCCAUCAACACAUCCCUUUCAAUUGCGACAAGUUCGGACAUCAUUCCUGUCGAUAAUUCAGGUCAAUUAAUUAGUAAAUCGUGUGGUAAGCGUAAAAUUGCUAUCGCCAUCAAAGAAGGCGACUAUAUAGUAUGUGAUAUUCACGGUAUGACUCGUAUUCCACAUGAAACUGUUGAUUUAGAUCGUUUAAUUACGUAUAUCAAGGGUUCAAUUGAAGUCGAUACCUUAAUAGCCCAAGACAUCCUCAAUGGGGAGCCUGCUGAAGCUUCGAAAAUAAAGUACAGAGUCGCUUUGGAGAAACUAAAGGACUAG